CCGGAACUUUGAGCUGGACCUGUGUCUGAAGCUCUUGACUCGCAGGAUGAACACCCUCCGAACUCUGCUACUCUUGGCUGCCGGCCUCUCUGUGGUCCUGUCUCGCCGCGGCAAGGCUCUCCCCCAGUUCGGUAAAAUGAUCGAACAGCUGACUAAUAAGUGGUUCUGGAAGUUCCUUGACUAUGGCUGCUACUGUGGAAAGGGCGGCUCUGGCACGGCUGUGGACAAGCUGGACAGGUGCUGUCAAGUGCAUGACAACUGUUACGGUGACGCCGAGAAGCGCGGCGAUUGCUGGCCUAUCCUCCAGAGCCCUUACGUCGCGUGGUACACCUCGACACAGCACGAUGGGAGUAAGAUCACCUGUGACAAGAACAGCAACGAUGAAUGUGAGCAGUUCAUCUGUGAGUGUGACAGGAAGGCCGCCGAGUGUUUCGCCAGAUCACCUUAUAACGAGACGCUCUGGGACCUGCCCAGGGACCAAUGUCAGUAGAAGACCUCUGCAGUUAAUCCAACACAGGAUCCACUCCCACACACGACACACCCAUCACUGAGCUCUCAGGAGCGGCAGCAGCUUGUUUUGUCCGCUCAUUGAAAUACUCCCACUGACUUUGUACUGUCACAUUCUCAAGGUCAUGGUUUUCUUUUCUCCUUCUCUCUUUGCACUGCGUCUCUAUUGUUAGCUGUGGAUCUGUAUCCUCACCAGAAACACCAGUAGAUCUGCAUCUCUCAUUAACUGAUGCUCGGUCAUUCACCGGUAUAAUUUAUAGUUUCCAAUAGAGGGCACUCUCAUCUGGCUCUUUCUUCCCUUGCUUGCAGAAAGUAGUUUACAGACUGUAGACUUUAAUAUUGGCAAUUUAUCAAAUGUUACAAAUGCUUGCAGUACUCAAUAAAGAAGACAAAAAAUAAACAUUAUUCAGUU